AUGACUGAAGAACCUAAGUUGGCGUCGUUCUCGCCAGACGAGCCUCAAAAGCUGUCAAAACCUUCGUCAGCUGAUAUGCUGUUCUACUAUGAACGGAUCCUUCCUUUUCGUCAUAUUUUCCAGUGGUUGAACCACCUGCCAAAGCCAUCCAAGGAUUUCACCAUGCGUGAGUUCGCUUACGAGUACCGUUCUGGUGCCUACCAAAGAUACAACUCCUUCAACUCUCCAGAAGAGUUUAAGAAGCUGGUUGUUGCGGCCAACCCUACAAGAUUCGAGGUCGGUGCUGUCUACGCCGUGAACCCAAAGGAAAGAAAGAACUUACCUAAGAGCGCCAUGAAACCACUCUCAAAGGAGCUUGUUUUUGAUAUCGAUUUAACCGAUUACGAUGAGAUCCGUACCUGCUGCUCUGGGACAGCAAUUUGCACAAAGUGCUGGAAGUUCAUCAAGGUGGCUUCCCAGGUGCUCACACACUCCUUGAAGGAGGAUUUCGGGUUCGAUCACUUUGUGUGGGUCUUUUCCGGUAGAAGAGGUGCCCAUUGCUGGGUCAGUGACGCAAAAGCGCGUACAUUGGAUGAGUCUGCAAGAAAGUCGAUUGUUGAAUACUUAGAUGUCUUGGGAGGUAGGUCCUCAAAAAUGGGCAAGACAUCUUUGUCGUUGAAAAAGCCAUUCCAUCCACACGUCGAGCGUUCGUUCGACAUUCUCAAGACGUACUUCCAAGAGAUUGUGGAUGAACUCUUGAGCUUUAUUCCUGAUCAGGCACUCCGAGCCGCUCUCAAGUCAAAAUGGAAGGAGUCAUCCAGCUACUCCAGCUCAAAGGCCAAAUGGGACGACAUCAAUACUGUCGCCCAGAAGAUUCUCAAGCACCAGUCACAAGUUUCUCAGUUGAACGAUGCAAAGAAGGAAAUCAUUAUUUAUUUCAUGUAUCCAAGAUUGGAUAUUGAGGUGUCGAAGCAGUUGAUCCAUUUGUUGAAGUCGCCAUUCUGUAUUCACCCAGGAACUGGUAACAUUUGUGUUCCCUUUGACCCUACGAAAAACUUGAGUGCAAACACAGAGGACGACCACUAUGGGUUCAACCCAAUGACUGCACCAAACUUGUCCCAACUUCAAGAUGAAAUAGACACAUGGGAGGCAAAGAGGGUGAAUAGAGACUCAAGCCAACCAUUGCUGGAUUCCGAGGACCAGAACGCUGCAUCAACAAGAGUUCCAGAUUACGAGAAGACAAGCUUGAAACCAUACGUACAAUACUUCUCCAGUUUCGUCAAUGGUCUUCUUAAGGAGGAAUUAAAGAGUUCGAAGAGAGAAAGAGAGGAGGACCCUCUUGAGUUCUAG